AUGGCACAAUCUAUUGAAGUCGUAAUUUCUUUUGCUUCCCUACUAAAUUGUCAUGUAAAUUUACCACCUGUGUUCUCUGCAAUUCUUUAUGAAAAUGAUAAGCUUCCGCAAAAUGUUAUCCUGGAAAUAUCAUGGUUAGAAACUAAAGUUAAACAACAUAAAGCUUAUGUUGGUUGGUCAGGGGGAGCUUCAAGAUCGUCGAAUGUUCAAAAAUUAGGAAUUGUGGAAAUCGAUCCACAAUUUGGAACAGCAAUUGGUUUGAAGGAUGGUCAAAAGGUUUCAAUUAAAAUAUGUGAAAAUAUUCAAGAUGCAAAAUCAGUUUUUGUUGAGCCAUGUACUAUCGAAGAUUGGGAAAUAGUGGAUCAUCGAGCUGGUUAUUUGGAAAAUUAUUUUAUUCAACAAUUACAUGUUGUAUAUCCUAAUCAAAUUAUUACUCUUUGGAUCAAUUCAAAUCUAACACAAUUAAAAAUUGUUGAAAUAAAUCCUAAAUGUUCCUUUGCAAAAUUAAGUUCCAAGACAGAAGUUUAUGUUACACCUAAACCACGUAAACCAUUAAAACCUUCAGAAACAAAUGAUACCAUCAAAUCAGAUGACAAUACAUCAUCAUCAUUACCAUCAAUAUAUUGUCUAAGAGUUUUGCCUAUUGAAUAUUUAGUUGAAUCAUCAAAGAGUUUGCUAGAUGGUUAUGAUGAUAGAUUUUGUACUGUUAAUGUUCAUCCAUCAGAUUUCGCAAUUUUAGGAUUACAAACAACACAAGCAGUAGUUUGUCUAUCUAAAGUUAAACCAAAUUAUCUAACAAAAGAUACAGCAACAACAGCAGAUGAUUCUAAAGAUAUUGAAAAUAAAAAUCAUCUUGUUCAAAAAUUAUUUGUUAAAGUUUUGAUAAAUUUUAAUGUAACACCAGGUCAUGUUGCUGUUGGUGAGUAUAUCAGAGAUUAUUUAGACUGUGAACAUUUUUCUAUUGUCAGAUUAACUCCAGCACAUUCAAAUUUUACUUCUAUUUCAACUAUAAACAUCCAUAAUACCUCAAAUCAAAUAUUUCCAAAAAUUCAUCAAAAUGGAAGAUCAUCAAUUGAAUUUAUUUCAAAUCUAGCUGGCGUUUCAAAUUUAUCUGAGAAACUAGAAGACUAUUUAAGAUCUUGUUUAGGAAAAGCAUUUUUGAGAAUAAUUGGUGGAUUGUUAUUAUGUGGAAGUCGUGGAUCAGGCAAAACUAGUAUUGCUAAGAAUAUUUUAUAUAAUUUACAAAGAGAUUUAAAAACUUUAGCAUAUGUUUUGACUGUCAAAUGUACUGAACAUACAGAAGAGCGUAUAUCAACAUUAAGAGAAAAACUUCAAUUGUGGUUUGAUGAUGCAGCAUGGCAUGCUCCCAGUAUUAUUUUAUUUGAUGAUAUUGAUCGAUUAAUUCCUGCUGAAGUUGAACAUGUUGAUUCUUUUAGAUUUCGUCAAAUUGCUGAAUGUUUUUUUCAGAUUGCAUCAAAGAUGAUAAAAAGACAUCAAAUUUCUAUUUUUGCUACUGCCCAACAACAAGAAUCUGUUCAUAAACUAUUAAUUACAACACAUUUAUUUAGUGAGAUUAAACUUUUAAAUCCACCAACUAAAAUUGAAAGACGUGAUAUUCUUGAAGCAAUAAUGUCAUCAGGUCCAACAUCACUGCAAAAAAGUGUUUCCAGUCUAGAUUUACUUUCAAUAGCUAGUGAUUGUGAAGGUUAUUUAGCUGCUGAUCUUAAAGCUUUGGUUGAACGAGCAAUACAUGAAGGUGCUACAAAAAAGUUGUAUGACGAUGUUGAUGUUGAAAAUGCAGAUGAUGGUGGAAAUGUGAAGGAUUUUUUUUUAUUAACUCAAGAUGAUUUUCAAAAAGCACAUGAAGGCUUUGUUCCAAUUUCACUUCGAGGUGUUAAAUUACAUACAUCUGAUGUUAGUUGGGCUGAUAUUGGUGAGGAAACCAAAAAUGUGUUAUUAGAAACUUUAGAAUGGCCAACAAAAUAUGCAUCAAUAUUUGCAAAUUGUCCACUAAGACUAAGAUCUGGUGUAAAAGGACCUGAAUUAUUAAACAAAUAUAUAGGAGCUAGUGAAAAAUCGGUGAGAGAUUUGUUUGAUAGAGCACAAGCUGCUAAACCAUGUGUUUUAUUUUUUGAUGAAUUUGAUUCUAUAGCUCCUAAAAGAGGUCAUGAUAGUACAGGUGUCACUGAUAGAGUAGUAAAUCAAAUGUUAACUCAAAUGGAUGGUGCGGAAGGUUUAGAAGGUGUUUACGUACUUGCAGCAACAAGUCGACCAGAUCUUAUUGAUCCUGCUUUAUUGAGACCAGGUCGUCUUGACAAAUCAUUACUUUGUAACAUGCCAACACAAAAAGAAAGAUUUGAUAUAUUAAAAGCUUUAUCACGUAAAAUGGAAUUAAGUGAAGAUGUUGACUUGGACGAAUAUUCAAAAAAAUGUGAACAUUAUUCUGGUGCAGAUUUACAGGCAUUGUUAUAUAAUGCACAUCUUGAAGCAAUUCAUGACAUCAUAAAUGCUGAAAGAAGUUCUGAUGAAAUAGAUACAACAAAAUUCGUAUCGUUUAAUGUAAAUUCUAUAAAUUCUGCUAAUACUUUAUCAUUAACUGCAGCAGAAAAAACAAAUAUGUCUCAUAUGCUUAAAAUUACAGAUAGACACAUGCAAAUAUCAUUUAAAAUGACAAAACCUUCAACAACACCCCAGGAAUAUAUAAGAUUGGCUGAAAUAUAUCAUGAAUUUGUUACCGGAAGAAAUGGUGAAAUGCCAAGUGGAAUAGCAAGUCAUGAAAUUGGCCAAAGAGCUACUUUAUGUUAA